AUCAAAAGUAAUAUAAUUGAUUUAACUUACAAAUUAAGAACAAACGAGAAAUGAUAUCUAUAUUCUUCAAAUAUAGUUUCUAAAUUAUCAACAUCUUUUAAAGUAUUAUAUAUAAUCUUGAGUCUCCUGAAAGACUACCCAUCUCAUCUGUUGCAUCUGAAUUGGAUAUUUUAUUAUCUCUGAUCACUUUCUUUGUAUCAUAUUAUCAAUGUUUUUUUCUAACAUAAAUUCAAUACUAAAUUUAUUUUAUAAGUAAAAUAUCUUUUAUAAUAAAUAACAAUCUUUACCUGUCCGCCUUGAAUAGGUAUUGUUAAUUAAAUUAUUAUGUAUUUUUCCGUCUGUUCUACAAAAUCUACAUGGCCAUCCACAAAAACGAGUGGCAAAUGCCAUAACUCUUCUAAUUCCUGUAUCUUCGUCGAGUUUACGUCUUAAAGAAAUAAAUUUAUCGAAACGAACAAUAGAAAUGCCAUAAAAAAUUCUAUCCGAGAACUCGAUAUUUCUUUUUAGUUUUAAUGUUCAAACAAGAUACUCCACGAACUUUCUUAGCAACGACAGUUUGAAAAUCUUUUCAAUUUAACAUCGUAUAAACCACGAUAAAAUGUAAUAUAGAGGGAAUUCUUAUUUAAGAAUGCUUUCGUUGCGCCAUCUAACGUACAUAAUCUUACUGAUGAUACCUCGCAAAUACAAAAAAAAUUAGAUUUAUGUAUUUGUUAAUAUCAGCACAUGAUUUAAUUGAUUUUACGAAUUUCGUUAUUUUAUUUUCAAAAAAUUAAAUAUUCGCAACAAUGUAGAUAAGUAUAUUCCGUUAAAUCUAUAUGAAAUAAAUAAAUAGAAAAUCAUACAUAAUAGUAAUAGGAAUUUUAACAUAGUACCGAGAAAAUGGUACCGUUAGGGAGAUUUCUUUUUACGGUUGUAUUAUUAGCAACAGUGUUGGUACAAAAUAUAAAUUUAUCCGUUAAAGUGACAUAUCGUUUAAGUUUGAAUAUAUAAGUGUUGAAUAGAUGAAAUAAAAAUAUUAUCGUGAAUUGUAUUAACAUUUUUUUGAUAAAUAUUAUCUCAUUAUAUAAAUAUAAAGAUCACAAUUGAUAUAUUAAAUGACAGAUUGAAACUAGCAAUUAUUUGAUAUAACUGCUAUUGUUGUUUAAACAAUCAUUAUAAUGGAUAAUUAUUGUUCUCCGCAAUGGGUAGAUUUUACAUCUAAUCUAGAAGUGCCUUCAGAUAGUUAUUUUGACGAAGAUCAUGAAAUUGAUAAAUAUAGAGAAUGCUUGGUAGCAUCACAAACUGAAGUAACAUUAACAGAAACAGAAAAGAAAGAAAACAUUUCUAAGGAAACAAAAGAAUCUAUAAAAUUGGAAAAGAAAAAUUUCACAGAGUCCUCAUCUGAUAUUAAUGAAGAAGUAGAAACUGAAUUAAAUAUUAUAAAGAAUACACCAAUAAAACUAAUGUAUACUUCUUCCACUUCAUCAUAUGGUAGUAGUAAAUGUAAACUUCUUAAGAAAGUAUCAUAUAACGAUAUCAUUCAAGAAGCUAUGGAAAACUUACAAAAUUGUGUAUUAACACCAUCAAGCGUUUUUAAAAAACCAAUGCUAAUUACAAACGAAGCGUCAAAAUUAGAAUUUCAAGAUAAUAAUCAAGUUAACUGUUCAUCCAGUAAAGAAAUAGAACAAGUUACAAAAGAUUUAUCUAAUGAAGAAAUAAAAAGUUUAUCAGCUUCUAUUACUAAACAUGAUAUUGAUACAACACCACAAAAUAAUUUGCUUAAUCCUAAUCAAUCCUCAAUAAAUUUGUUAAAAUACAAUGAGUUUGAUCAAAAGUUAGAUUGUGAUAAUAAUACUGGUUGUCAUACAUCUGAAAAUUCUACUAAAUUAUCAUUGAAAGUAAAUAUGUGCAACAAACCAAAUUCAUGUAAGUCAAUAGAAAAAAGCAAUGGUAGGAAACAAUCCAGAACAUUAAGUUAUCAGUGUAGAAGACAGAGUCUUACAUUUCGUAGACAUUCCAAUCGAUAUAUCAGCUCAGCAGCAGCUGUUCUUCAGUAUCAAAAUAAAACUCCAGAAAGAUUUCAUAGUCAAAGUAGAAAAAAACAGAAAGAACCGAAGGUUAAUGAGAUGAAAGAGAACCAUUUAAAAUUAAAAUCUACAAAACAGGAUUUGUCAAAUUCUUUAUUCCAAACAAAUUCAAAUAAGAACGUUACAUUGACAGAUGUAAAAAAAUCAAAAUUAAUAAAGUCAACCGGAUCUUGUUCAAAUGCUUCUACCAAAAGAACAUCUCGUAAUAAAAAUGUUUUUUCCGCAAUUGUAGACAAUAAUGGUUCAGGAUUAGUCAUUAAAAAAGAAAAAAUUUUAUUCUAUGAUAUUCCUAUAGAUUCCAAACAAAAGAAAACUACACGUCCUAUACCUUUUAGUUUCGAAAAUCGUGAUAAAUUAAAGCAAGAAUCUAAAUUAAAACAGUCGCAGCUUAAUAAAAAUGAUAAUAAAAAUAUUGAAAAUCUCCCGAAUAAAAAGAAUUUAAGUAUGAUAAAAGGAGGAUCCUCUUUAUCUAUAUCUUCAACGAAUAGUCAGAAAAAUACAAGUAUAAAUAUACGUGAAAAAAAAUUAUUAAAGGUAGAAAAAGAAAAUAAACAAUGUGAUGUCAAUGCUUCUACAACAAGUGAAAUCAAUAUAGAUCAAAAAGGAAACAUCAAACCAAAAAUUAUGAAAAUCGGAAUGAAUUCUUAUGAGAGAGCGAAACAAAGACAUGAAUUUGAUGAAAAGAUUAAACAAAAGAUUAUUAUGCAAGAGAAAGAACGUCAAAAAGAAGAAGAGAAAAAAUUGGCUAAGGAAAAAUUACAAAUAGCUGUGCUUCGCAAGCAGACAGAGAUGAAAGCAAGACCUAUGCCAGUAUUUAAACCACCCCGUCAUAUUAAAUCUUUGAAACCAUUAACUGAACCGCAUAGUCCAGCUUGGGCGCAUAAAAAUAAAAAAUCAACUUCAUAAUAUUUUUUCUAGAGAGAGUAUAAAUAUAUUAUAUUGUAUAAGUAUAUUGCAUAUAUUCCAUUUUAUUUAAAAUAUUUUUUUAUGUAAAUAUGUAAAAGAAUAUAUGUAUAUGUAAGAUAAGUAACAUAUUAAAGUAUUAAUACAAGAACGUUAUAAAGGCAUUAAUAUUAGUUAAGAAGUAACAUCUUUUUUAAUAUUUUUUUUUUUUUUUUUUUGACAUACUUAUUGCAUUAGACACAAUAAUUAUAAUUUAAUAUUUUUAAAUUUAUGACUUUAUUAAAUAUUCCUAUAUAUCAAAUAUAUUAAUACAUUUUCAAAUUAAAACAGUUUAUAUUUUUUGCAUUUAAAACUUGAUUAUCAGAUGAUUUCGUAAUAAUGCGUAAAUUAUUGAAAUAUAAAAUAUAUGAAGUAUUGAAUGCAAUAUUGAAUAAACAUUAUUUUGUUCAAUUUUCUUUAAACUUAUUAUUAUUUAAAACCUGUAAAUAACAAUUUUUGGAUUAAGUUCGUAAUAAUCAAUUAUGGAAGUUUUUUUUUUAACGAAUUUAAAAAUCACGCGCUAAAUAACAAACAGAUUCAUAUUUUAUCAUAUAUAUUCUCUCGUUUUAUUUCGAAAUUCCUAUGUACUCGAAUUAUGAUCACCUAUUGGCCAACAGUUCGUACCAUUGGAAAGUUAAAUUUCUUUGAAAAUGUAACGAAAAUUAGAUCACCGUUAUAUGACUUUCUAUAAGAAUAUUAUUAAUACUUUAUCUUUACGAUUUAUUUUUUAUUUGAAAUAUAUAAAAUUUUUAUUUAAAUAAUAAAUGAAGCAAAAUAAUAUAUUUUUGUCAAUCGAAAAUACUAACUGUUAACUGAUAGGUCAAGGAAAAUGGAAGGUUACGCUCAUAAGAUAUAUACGUUUGUCUUUAUCUCUUACACGUUAGUCCUCUUUGGUCCUCUUAUUACUACGAAUCAGCUGCGGGUGGGAGUGCGUGGUUCUGAAGUAAGAAGUCGUCAUACCUCAUAG